AAACCGUUCACUUGCUCUCAAUGCGGGAAGAGUUUCCGGUGUAAAAGGAACCUUAUGGAUCACAUAAGAGUUCAUACCGGAGAAAAACCGUUCACGUGCGACCAAUGCGGCAAGAGUUUCGCAUACAAAACAGGUCUGAACAGACACAUAAGGAUUCAUACCGGAGAGAAACCGUUCUUGUGUCCUCAAUGCGGAAGAGGUUUUGCACUCUCAGGAGCCAUUAGGAGGCACAUCAAAAUCCACAGCGGAGAAAAGCCGCACACGUGCGAUCACUGCGGAAAGAGUUUCACAUAUAAAGAAAACUUUAAGGAACACAUGAGGAUCCACACCGGAGAGAGACCAUACGUUCAGUGUGAAAAGAGCUUCACACACAGCAGCAGUCUGAAAGAACAUCUUCACACUCACUCUGCUGUCAGGCCGUUUCACUGCGACCAGUGCGGUAAAACGUUUCUUUCGUCAUCCAUAUUGAAGAGACACUUGCAAGUUCACGUGCAGGAGAAACCAUACUUGUGUUCUCUGUGUGGAAAGAGUUUCGCACGACUGGAUGGUUUUAAAGAGCAUCAGAAGAUACACACCGGUGUCAGAACUCAUGUGUGCUUCGAGUGCGGGAAUGGAUUUAUAUCAGCCGCACACUUGAACGUGCACCAGCGGAUUCCCACUGGAGAGAAACCAUACAAGUGUUCACGCUGCGACAAGAGAUUCUCUCGCUCAGGAACCCUGAAAGCGCAUGAGAGGAUUCACACCGGA